GACUUCUUUGUCUUUUUCAACUCUUUCAUCUUCCAACAAUCAUCGUAUUUCAAGUGCCAGUUUUCAAUUGCGUCCCGCUGCAUCUCGAUUUCCCUGCCAGUUUGUGAUCUGGACUCAGAUCCGAUUAUCCGAUUAUUUCGGCAUCCGCUCCGCUCCGCACCGCAUUCCCGAUCCGUCCCGGCCAAAAUGCGGAGUGCAAUCCGGACCGGCGCCCUCCGAGGCUUGCCGCCGUCAACCACCGCCCCACUCCACUCCGGCAUGAAGACCGCCCGGAGCUGCACGCCCCGCCGGGUUUCCGUUCCGCCCGCUUCGGCGUUCCAUUCUAAAUCUCCUGAUUAUUCUGAGGCUCCGGCCGCGGCGGCCAAGCUCCCGGAAGCCGAGCCGACGCCACCGCCGACGCCCCGGGAUCGUAUUACUCUCGCUGAUAUCAAGGAGCGACGGGCUAAAGCCGGUCGUCUCAUUGCACCGACGGCGGCAUCCUGCAAUGCCGACAUGUUCAAGGCGCCGCAGACAACAGGCAAGCCUAAAGCCAAACGAUGGGACCACCUCCUAACCAAAGAAUCCACCCUCCGCGCACCCUGCAAGCUCAAGCAAGCAGCAAAGAACCUCAACAACCCCGGCCUAAUCUCCCUCGGCGGCGGCCUGCCCUGCCCCGAAUACUUCCCCAUCUCCUCGCUCACCCUGCACAUCCCCAACCCCCCGCACUUCUCGGAAACCGCAACCCUCGCCGGCGGCACCGACGCCACCAUCGGCAAGUACGACGCCUCCGCAGCACCCACACCCACACCCACCCCCAACCCCAACCCCGAAACAACGACCGCAGCAGCACCGGAAUACGACCUCUCCAUCGCGCUCAACUACGGCCAGGCGACGGGCUCCGCCCAGAUGACGCGCUUCGCCACCGAGCACGUCGAGCUGCUCGGCGCCCCGCCCUACGCCGACUGGGGCGUGUGCCUGACCAUCGGCAGCACGGGCGCCCUCGAGCAGGCCCUGCGCAUGCUGUGCGACGGGCCGGGCCGCGGGGACACCCUGCUCACCGAGGAGUUUUCGUUUUCGACGGCGCUGGAGACGGCUGCCCCCCUGAGGGUGGGGGUCGUGGGUGUGGAGAUGGAUGGGGAGGGGUUGGUGCCCGAGGCGAUGGAGCGGGUUUUGGACGGGUGGGAUGUGGAGGCCAGGGGCGGGAGGGCUAAGCCCAGGGUGUUGUAUACCGUGCCGUCGGGGCAGAACCCCACGGGGGCGACGCAGAGCGUGCAGAGGCGGGGGGCGAUCUAUGAGGUGGCGAGGCGGCAUGACGUGUUUAUUCUCGAGGACGAGCCGUACUAUUACCUGCAGAUGCAGGAGCCGGGGACGGAGCCGCCCGCGAGCGUGGAGGCGUUUCUGGAGGGGUUGAUUCCGACGUAUUUGAGCAUGGAUGUGGAUGGGCGGGUGAUGCGGAUGGAUUCGUUUUCCAAGGUGGUCGUGCCCGGUUCGAGGAUGGGCUGGAUCACGGCGUCGGAGCAGAUUGUCGAGCGGUUUAUUCGCCAUGCUGAGGUGGCGAACCAGGGACCGAACGGGUUCUCGCAGGUCAUUCUGCACAAGCUGCUGGAUGAGCGGUGGGGGCAUGAGGGCUAUUUCAGGUGGCUGAUGAACUUGAGGAUGGAGUACACCAAGCGGCGGGAUGCCAUGUCGGCGGCGUGUGAUGAGUUCCUGCCCAAGGAGGUCGUCAGCUGGCAACCGCCUCAAGCGGGCAUGUUCCAAUGGCUGAAGGUGAACUAUGAACUGCACCCUAGCGCCUCGACUAAGAGUAUCAUGGACAUUGAAGAGGAGAUCUUCAACAGCUGCAUAUCGAAGGGGGUGCUCGUGGCUCGCGGGUCCUGGUUCCGCGCCGAGCAGGACAUCCCUCCGUCUGGACUGUACCUCCGGGCGACAUAUGCGGCCGCCACGCCAGAGAAUAUGAGGGAGGCCAUCAGGCGGCUUGGGGAGGCGAUUAGGGAGAGCUACCAGCUGUGA